UCCCUCUCCUCCUCCUCCGCCGUCGCCGUCGCCGUCGCCGCCGGCCGCCCGCCGGCCGCCACGACCCCAGUCCCCGGCGGGCGGGCGGAGGAGGCAACCGCCGCGCGCUGCUGCACUCGUCCUGCCGCCGCCGCGAUGCGCAGAGGGGCCGAGCCGCCUGGGGGCCGCCGCCGCCGCCGCGCCGCACCAUGAAGCUCCGCAGCAAGGCGGCGGCGCUGCUCCUGCUCGCGCUGGCCGCGCUGCUGCUGGCGCUGCUGUCCCUGCGCGCUGGCCGCGCUGAGCCCCCAGCGCUGCCCGCGCGCCCCGCGUCCGCCCCGCAGCGCCACCCCGCGCCUGUCCCCGCGCGCUGGCCGGGGCCGGGCGCUCUCCCCGGGGCCAGCCCGGGAGUUCGGAGGCGCCGGCCCCCGCGUCCGCGUCCCCGAGCGGGCCGCCGGGGCGCUGCGAGACUGGAGAAGUUGGCGAGGAGGCCUGGAGAACCCAGGAGUUUCCAAGCUGUGCCGCCACCCGAGCUCUGGAUCCACCUGGCCGUGGUGGCCUGUGGCAAUCGGCUGGAGGAGACGCUGGUCAUGCUCAAAUCAGCUGUGCUUUUUAGCCACAGGAAGAUCCAAUUCCACAUCUUCACUGAAGACUCUCUGAAGCCCGAGUUUGAUAAGCAGUUACGCCAGUGGCCUGACUCAUAUACAAAGAAGUUUGAGCACAGAAUCUACCCCAUCACAUUUUCUGUUGGAAACCCUCAGGAGUGGAAGAAAUUGUUCAAACCCUGUGCUGCCCAGAGACUCUUUCUUCCGGUGAUUUUAAAGGAUGUGGACUCACUUCUCUACGUGGACACGGAUGUUCUCUUUCUGAGACCUGUCGAUGACAUCUGGAAGCUUCUGAGGCUGUUUAAUUCCACCCAGCUUGCAGCCAUGGCCCCUGAGCACGAAAUCCCCAAGAUUGGCUGGUACAGCCGCUUUGCUAGGCAUCCUUUCUAUGGCUCUGCAGGAGUUAAUUCAGGAGUCAUGUUAAUGAAUUUAACUCGGAUAAGAAGUACCCAGUUCAAGAACAGCAUGAUUCCAACAGGCCUGGCUUGGGAGGACAUGUUGUACCCUCUGUACCAGAAGUACAAGAAUGCCAUCACGUGGGGAGACCAAGAUUUAUUAAAUAUUAUUUUUUAUUUCAAUCCAGAGUGUCUCUAUGUAUUCCCCUGCCAGUGGAACUACCGUCCCGAUCACUGCAUGUACGGAAGCAACUGCAGAGAGGCUGAGCAUGAAGGUGUGUCUGUUCUGCAUGGAAACCGAGGCGUCUACCAUGAUGAUAAGCAACCAACGUUCAGAGCGCUCUACGAAGCAAUACGGGAUUUUCCCUUUCAAGACAAUCUCUUUCAAUCCAUGUAUUAUCCCCUUCAGCUGAAGUUUUUGGAGACUGUGCACACUUUAUGUGGACGAAUCCCGCAAGUUUUUCUGAAGCAAAUUGAGAAAACAAUGAAAAGGGCUUAUGAGAAACACGUCAUCAUCCAUGUUGGCCCCAACCAGAUGCACUGAAUAUUUUGUCUUGUUGCAAGUCAAUUAGGCAUCUUGUGACCAAGGAAAUAUUAAUCUCUAAGCUGCCUGGGUCUUUUUGUGUGAAUAUUUAAUGGUGCUCCAUGACUGUUGAGUUUUAAAAACCUCGUUAAAUUUUGCCAAAUCAGUUGCCCCCAAAAGGGAGUAUGCUUUUCCUGAUUUUUUUUCUAAAAUGCUAUUUAUCUCUAAGAAAAAAAAAAAAGACUAUUAUGCAUUUAACAUUGUUUAAGCAGGUUGAGCUAGUUGUGAAAAUAGCUUUUGUGAGCCUUCCAAUUCCUAAACGUCUUGAGACCAUUUCAGUGGCACCUGAGGUGUUAUAUUGAUCUAGCAUUCCUGAGACUCUUUCUGUACAACUGACUCCCCCACACCUGUGUUGUAAAAGUAAUACACACUUGUGAAACAGACAGACACACUUGUAGAGCAUAUGGGUCAAGGGCUCAACAUCAAGAUUAGAUUAGCCAUAAUCCUAUUGACCAGUGGAAAAGAUUGUUUCCAUUUUAAAGCAGUUCCUUACAACCUUUUUUCUCUACUUUUGCAUUUUCCACUCUAACAUACAUCUAAAACAGGUAAUCUCAGUAAAAGCUGGAUUUUUUGCUGAGAUUUUUAUGUGGGAGACUAAAAUAUUAGAUGAGAUGAUUAUGUGUACAGAAUUUUAUUUAAAACACAUCUGAGAGACGCAUUCAGAUACUUGGGCAGUGUUAAAGGAUGAAGCAUAUAUCUGGGGGUAUUUCUUCUUCUUUUUCUUUCUUCUUUUUUUUUUUUUUUUUUUUUGAGACGGAAUCUCACUCUAUAGCCCAGGCUGGAGUGCAGUGGCACGAUCUCGGCUGACUGCAACUUCCACCUCCUGGGUUCAAGUGAUUCUCAUGCCUCAGCCUUCCCAGUAGCUGGGAUUACAAGUGUGCACCACCACACCUGGCUAAUUUUUGUAUUUUUAGUAGAGACACGGUUUUACCAUGUUGGCCAGGCUGGUCUUGAUCUCCUGACCUCAAGUGAUUUGCCUGCCUCAGCCUCCCAAAGUGCUGGGAUUACAAGUGUGAGCCACUGCACCCAGCCAAUCUGGGAGUAUUUCUAAAGAAAAAAAUGGUUUCGAUUUGUGGAGGACUAAAUAAUAAUACAUUUCUAUGCAACAAUAGCUUCUGAGAGGAAAUUCAGGAAUUUUUGUGUUUACCGCAGACAAAAACAUUUGAUAUGUUAAUCAUCAGUAGCUGUGGUCAUCUCUCUUUCUUAAACUCUUGGGCAAUGGGUGGAAAUCAGAGACCAACUUCAAAUUUAAUGUGUAAAAAACAAAUAGUUCAGCUGCUUCUAUUGGUAAGAAAAUUCAACUUCCUACCAGCCUUAGAAAGUUCUCUUUAAACAAUUUCUUUCCCCCUAGGGUUACCAAGCUGGUCCAUACAGGUUUUAUCACCUCACUGCAAGGAGGAAGUUGAAUAUUCUGUUCCCUACGGGGAUCUGGCUUAAUCCCUAGCUGCUCAUAUAGUUGGUAUCAGCAUAGCAAUAUUUUGCAUAAUGCUUUAUUUUUCUCAAAUGACUAUUGCAUAAAUGAUCUUGAUAUUUGCAACAGCCUAGUGCAUUCAGUAGGGUCCUGAAUCAUCUCUAUAAGGUAAACAAGGAAAUUGUAACACAAAGAAAUAAACAUAUUGAAUAUAAUUGCUAUUCUGUAAGACAUACAGUCUGUGUAAGAUGCAUCUUAUUUACAGAGACAUUUUUGAAAAUUAAAAUAUUAAAUAUCUUUUGUUA